AAAAAAACUGCCGCUCACACCGAACCCGCGCGCACUUCGUCGCUCCAGUGGCCACUAUAAACUAUUCCGAAAACUCAAAAACUGCAUGAGGAUGAAAUACGAGCUGACGUGUAGUGUUUUGAAAACCUCUUGAAUGAACCAAAACAAAGGAUGUAUGUAAAAAAAACAGCAAAUCAGUGGUGACGUCACGCCUCUUUGGCAGUCCGUUGUUAAGCGGGAAGUGAUCGGUUUCUCCAGAGGUAACUUGUAGCAGUUCAACUUCUCCCGUGUACCAUUUAUUCAUCAACUGAGCCAUGAGAAAACUGACUGACUGAGAACUAUAUUCAUUGAGUUUACCUAUAAUGAACUUUCUUAUAAAAGUGUCAAAGUGGAUGAACCUGGAGCCCUGAGGAGCAGCAAAAGCUUCAGCAUACUAGCAUUAUAUGAAAGGUUGUAAAACCAUGAAAAAGAUUAUCUGGGGAUUAUUAUCAGUAAUAUUUUCUGUGUUUGUCAUCCAGAUUUUAUGGUUAACUCCUAAACUUAAUGUUCACUUUCCUACUAGAUUUUUAAAGAAGAAUAGCUUGUCUCAUCCCUGCUUCACUAAAGCUAACAUUUCCAGCACUGUUAUUGAUAAAGGAUACAACCCAUUUAUGCAGUGUUCUGAUAUUAAUGGAAGAAAUAAAGAUCUUGCUCUUUCAAAGUACAAAUUACCUUAUGGAAUUUUAAAAACAGAAUUCCUAUUUCGUAGUGUUUUAAGAUUGCUUGAUGAAGAUUGUGAAUUUGGGUGGAAUGAAGAAAAAAGCAGCUGUAACACCUGUGUUGUUGUUGGCAAUGGAGCCAUCUUGAGAAAUAAAAGUUUAGGUUCUGUUAUAGACUCAUUUGAUGUUAUCAUAAGAUUGAAUAAUGCUCCUGUCAGUGGCUAUGAAAUAGAUGUUGGUGCAAAGACAACACUCCGAAUGGCAUAUCCUGAAUCCUUAUUUGUCAGUCCAGAAGAUGUUGAUCCAAAGUCCACCUUAAUCUUUAUGUCCUUUAAACCUAAUGACCUACACUGGAUGCUGCAAACACUACAAAAUAAAAAUGUGAGCAACUUUGGAUUUUGGACCAUCCCACCCAGAAAACUGCAGUAUAGUAAAGAACAAGUGCGAUUAUUAAAUCCACGUUUCUUAAGAAUAGCUGCUUAUGAAUUUCUUAAAUUCCCGAAGAGAAUCCCAAAAAAAAAGGUACAACAACACCCUACAACAGGAAUGAUUGCCAUUACAAUGGCUUUGCACAUGUGUAAUAAUGUUUCUAUAGCUGGAUUUAGGUAUAGAUUUGACAAUGUAAGUGAUCAUGUCCACUAUUAUGGGAAUGCAACAAUGAACGAGAUAAAAAAGAGUCCCUACCACAAUGUGUAUGUUGAAAGGAUGUUUAUUGACCAUCUUAAGAAAAGGAAAAUAAUCCAGGACUUGACAAAUGAAUAAUGCCUGCUGAAUGUUUUAAUGGAGCAUCUGUAGAAUUCAUCAUAAGCUUGGCUGUUCCUAUACUGGAACAAUGAAAGAAUAAGUAUCAUUCAAGAGAAGGAAAAUAUGAUUAAAUGACCAUUUCAGUCAAAUUUUUCAAAUUGUAUGACUUCUCUUGAUAAAAGAAAAACUGCAAUUUGAUCACUGCUACUAAAAAGUUUAUACAUUGAACAACUGAUUACAACUUUUUAAAAACAAAUAAGGCCAGACAUUUCUCUUGUGUUCAGUUAUAAGAGAUUAUAUGAUGGAUUAUUAUUUUUUUUUUGUGCUUGAAAGAUUUGAAAAUCUAAAGUAGGUCAGUAUGUGUGUACUAUAUUAGUAUUUGUAAAUAGUAUUAUAUAUGUAAAUAGAAGUGUGUGUGUGUGUGUGUGUGUGUGUGUGUGCAUACCAUGUGUAUUUAUAGCCAUAUAUCCCAUUAUGAACAGAGUGAGUUAAGAAAAUGGGAAAAGUUCUGUAAUAAUAAUAAAACUUUAAAGUAUAAAGAAUUAGGUUAAUUUGUUUUUUACUUAAUAUUACUGUGCCAUUUUCAUUGAACCAAGAACUAAACAAUGUAAAUGUUACCAAAAUUGUUCUGUUUGUUAAAGUUUUGACUGAACUGAUACACGCUCAGGGUAUAUGCGUGAAGGACAGUACAGUAUUUUAAUUCAUACUCUCACCAAGUACCUUAGUGUUUUGAUAUUCAUUAAAUUUAGAUGAUUAAAAUAUAUCAAUACUGAAUAAUUAUUUCAAUAAUUAUACUUAACAUAAGUGAUUAUUUGUGAAACAAUUUAGAUUUUACAAUUAACAAGUUUAGUAGUAGUGUUCAUUUUGAACAUCUAAAUUCAAUUUACAAAGCAAUUUGCAUAUCUUGUAUCAAGCAUAAGUUCAAAUGUCCUUUUGUCUGUAUCACACAGUAACAUUAUUACAUGGGUCCCUCAGACUAGUGGAAGUGGUAUCGAGCCCACCUCAUAUGAUAUUGUCUCAGGAUAAGUCUGCUGGCUGCUACAAUUUGUGCAAACUGGACAUUUACAUGUAGCCUUAUGAAGCCACCUCUCAGUUUACUGGUGCCGGUGUAACCAGUCCUGUAACAGUUGGCAGAGGAGUAGGUAAAAAAGGAACUGCAGGAUGGCUGAGGUCCUUAACAAUCAUCUAAGCCUUUCUAAAACACUCUGUGUUAUACAGUAUAUGUACUAGACAGAAAGAAACUGUGCUGGUGAUGUUGUAUCAACUAUGCUCCAUGGUAUCUUAAGUUGAUCAGGUGCCACAUCUGGGUGGAGAGAACCUGUCUUUCCUUAUAUUUAUGUUGAUUUUUUUCUUGUAUUACUUUUUAUAUGUAAUUGUACAGUAUUUAUGUUUUAAUGUUAUCUCCAUGCUUUAUUAAUAGAGAUGCUAUGAAUUUAAUUUUGAAUAAAUGUUCUCCAUGUAUUGUU